AUGAGCGCUGCCUCGAUUGAACACAAGGCAGAAUUUGUCAAAGACAUACAUGAUGUGCUCGAGCGCCUCUACAAUCUAGCCACAACAACCAACCUCCACAUCGCAGACAUCACUCCCAGGCUUGAAUGGCUCCAUGAAUACACAGACCGCCUCCCAGAAGACGCUCAAGAAGAUCACAGCGAAAACAUUUCGGACUCGCAGGCGUCCCUAGCUACCAUUCAAAAGCUUGUGGACAAAAUGCUCAAAGAAGUGAGGGACGGCCGUCUUCGAGCAACAGAAUACAUCGAGCAGGAGAUCCAAUGA